AUGAAAAUCCAAUCGCUUCUUUUGGCUACCUAUGCGACCCUUGCCGCCAGUCGAGCUCUGCGUUGCAAGCCCCAUGAGCAUCUCUCGUACCAUCGCAGCAACUAUACUUUGCCCGGAGGAGAGCUGGCCUCAGGCACUCCUAGCAUCUCAACGGAUGAAGCUAUCGCUUCGUAUGGGCACAGCACUCCCUCGUCCCUACCCCUGAAUGUGACCACCUUAGCCAGCCUUACUCGUACAACCGGCCCAAUCGAGCACCAUUCAUCCUCCAACCUUCCGGUGGAGACGUCUCUACCUACAACUACAGCUUUCGUUUCCGUGUCGACCACCACCGCCACUACUGUGCAGCCCACUUCUCCCACCAUUUCACUUGUGGCGGUUAAGUCCAGUGGUGUACCAGAAACUGUCAACUCUGACAAGCGACCUAAGAAGGGCAUGUCCUUCACCAACCAAGACGUGGCACAAACCUGGGGUCAAAAGAAGAUUGGCUGGGCUUACAACUGGUGGACCGGUCGAGGUGACAUCCCCAAGGAGAUGGAGUAUUAUCCCAUGGUCUGGUGUCCCACCAAGAUUGGUGUGGACGGCUGGACAAAUGAUGCCGAGGCUGCCAUUGCUUCUGGAUCUAAGCAUCUGCUGGGUUUCAACGAGCCGGACCAACACGGGCAGUGCGAUAUCCCAGUGGAGCAGGCUGUUGAGGGAUACAAGAGUUACAUGAACAAGUUCAAGGGACGAGCUCUCCUUGGUUCACCGGCCGUCACCAACAACCCCGCUCCUCGAGGUCUCGACUAUCUCAGCCGGUUCCUCGACCAGUGCGGCAACGACUGCCAUGUCGAUUUCCUCGUAACCCACUGGUAUGGGGUGGAGCAGAAUGGAGUGUGGAACUUCCAGCGUCACGUCAACAAGACCAUCGAGCUCGCCGAAAAGCACGGUAUUUCGCAGGUCUACAUUACCGAGUUUGGAAUGACGGGAGCCGACGUCGAGACGACCAGUUCUUUCAUUGAAGAAGUUGUGCCUUGGCUGGACCAGAACGAAGCAGUUGGUGGAUAUGCGUACUUUGGAUUCUACGACGGCAUUCUGAUGAAGGGCGAUGCUAUCAGUGAGCUUGGUCAAGCCUACGCAAGGGCGGGCUAG